UCCAUGUGCCCGACCUCCAGUCGGUAUAGUCAGCCGCCCCCUUCCGCUCGCGGUCCUCUCAUCUCAGGUGUUCCAGUCGUCCUGCACCCCCCAACCCACAGAGGUUCGGCUCCGCAGCAUCCCGGAUGUACCACGCUGUCCUCAGACCAGCCAGCACAUCGCGGCUAGUCUAAUGCACAUUGCACGGGAAACAUGGCGCUGGCGGGAGCAGAACGGUAUCCACAAUAAUCAUACAGACACAGUAAGCACACAGCAACGAACGGGAUAUGUGACGAUCCGUGCAAGACAGCGGCGUUUGUGGACAUGUUUGGGAAGAGGAAGAAGCAGCUGGAGAUCUCUGAGCCGUCGAACUUUGAGCACCGCGUCCACACGGGCUUCGACCCCGAGGAGCAGACAUUCACCGGACUGCCGCAGCAAUGGCAGAGCCUGCUGGACGACACCGCCAACCGGCCCAAGCCUGUGGUGGACCUGACUUUCGUCACACCUGUGCAGCUGUCCCCUGUGAAGGCCAUUGUGCAGGGCGGCAAACCGAAGAAGGACGCCACUCUCAACGGGCUGAUGGAAGAGUUUGACAGCGUUUCGGUUAGCCCCUCCCCCCAGCACCAGGCUAACCCCGGUCCCGACUCCAGCGUCAAGGAGGAGAAUGGGAUUCAGGCCUUGCAGCCCUCCCAUCUGAGCCACGGGGUGGGAGGGAUCGAGGGUGGGGAAAGGGGCGGUGCCAGGGGCGGGGCCAGGGGCGGGCCGACUGCAGUGAGGCGCUCCCUGUCCGUCAGGGAGAACGGGUACAUGGCAAGGAGCCCGUUUUAUCCCGACGCCAUGCCGGGAAAACCCAGCCUGGUCAGCACGCAGCACGACUACACCACCAUCCUGAGCACCAUGCUGGGGCCGGACACCAGGGGGCGACACCGCGCCUCCACCGGAGGCGGUUUCCGUGACUACGACUAUUGGAGGGGCGGACUCGUGCCGGAAAACCACAAAAAGCGGCCAAACUCAUCCUACUUCACUGAGGGCAGCCCCCAGCCCAACCCCCGCCAACGGUCCCGGUCAGGGUCCGGCCUGCAGGAGUUCGACCAGCCCUGUGCGGUCAGCCCGUACAAAUCCACGCCAGAAGGACGGGCAUACAGCUCCCACACACACCCCUGCUUCUCUGAAACCAUAACCACCCCCUAUAGGAUGCUCAUGGGGCGUGACAGCGGCCCGUUUCGGGACGGCAGCGUCGAGUUCUUCCCCCGCGGGUCUUUCAGACUACCUCAGAGCCGCGCCCACCCCGGCGGCUCCAGCGCCCUCCACCCCCCCGCCCUGCUCCACCACAAACCCUCCCCCUACCUGCAUCCCCCGUCCCAGCCCAGCCCGUCCUACACCCCGCCAGGGGCGUACUCCCGCCCCCCCACUUCCUACCCUCUGCGGGGGGCGUACCCGCCGCCCAGCUGGGUCUCGGGCUCGGACCGCCAGCCGUCCCACGUGUCCCACGAACAGUUUCGGGCGGCCCUGCAGCUGGUGGUCAGCCCGGGGGACCCGCGGGAUUACCUGAGUGACUUUGUCAAGAUCGGGGAGGGCUCCACGGGCGUGGUUUCUAUCGCCACGGAAACGCACAGCGGGAAGAGGGUGGCGGUCAAGAAGAUGGACCUGCGGAAGCAGCAGAGGAGGGAGCUGCUCUUCAAUGAGGUGGUAAUAAUGAAAGACUAUCAUCACAAGAAUGUGGUGGACCUGUACGACAGCUACCUAGUUGAUGACGAGCUGUGGGUUGUCAUGGAGUUCCUGGAGGGCGGAGCCCUGACUGAUAUCGUCACUCACACCAGGAUGAACGAGGAACAGAUUGCCACUGUGUGUCUGUCCGUCCUGAGAGCGCUGUCCUACCUCCACACACAGGGAGUGAUUCACCGGGACAUCAAGAGUGACUCCAUCCUCCUCACCAGUGACGGACGGGUCAAGCUGUCGGAUUUCGGUUUUUGUGCCCGCGUGUCUGGUGAGGUCCAGAAGAGGCGAUCCUUGGUGGGCACGCCGUACUGGAUGGCACCUGAGGUCAUCUCCAGAGUGCCGUACGGCCCUGAGGUGGAUAUUUGGUCCUUAGGGGUUAUGAUCAUAGAGAUGGUGGAUGGGGAGCCCCCCUAUUUUAAUGAGCCCCCCCUACAGGCCAUGAGGAGAAUCCGGGACAACCUGCCCCCUCGGUUAAAAGAUUCCCAAAAGGUCUCUCCAAUACUACGUGCUUUCCUGGAUCUUAUGCUGGUGAGGGAGCCCUCUCAGCGUGCCACCGCCCACGAGCUCCUACGACACCCCUUCCUCAAACUCUCCGGCCCCUCCUCCUGCAUCCUCCCGCUAAUGAGGCAUUACCGCUAACUCCAUCACCCCAGCAGGGUGCUGCUAGUGAGGGGAGAAACGGGGCUUCAUAGAACCAAAAAUGGGUGCAGCUACAGUAUCGUACUGUAUACCAUGAGGGUCUCACCUAUGCCAGACAUCAUCAUUGUGAUCUUGCUGGCUUGGUUUCAACUAGUUAAUGAUUGACAGGUCAUUGUAGCUCCACCCAUAACGUGUUUCAAACCGCUAGGCGUCACUAGCCUCCCGCAUCCUGGGCCUAAUGAAGCAUCACCGCGAGCGGUGACACCCCAGCAGGGCGGCUCGACCCCCGGGGAAAGGCAUGACUCACUGACACCAUCACUAUUGUACUGUAGUGUAGCUCAGGAAGACAAAAAAAAUAAAUAAAUAAAUAAAAAACACAUUCACUUCAACUUCCAUUUUUAAAAAACGGGAACACGUGGCCAUUCCGUCUCCUUUUGGGACUGGCUGUAGUACUGUAGGUUUAAAAAAAAAAAAAAGCACUUUGUCGCCUCCCUCUGAAUAGUGCAAUGUAAUCACGAUCGGCUGUAAUUACUCUGUACAGUUUUGACCGUUUAUAGUAUUUUAUUGUGAUAUAGGCAAGUAUUAUAUAUUUACUUCAAAGAAUUUUCAUAGUUUUGCAAGAGUUUGUAAUCAAUUUUCUUAAGAAGAGCUGAAUUUGAAGUCUCCAAACCUGGACUGUGACGUUCAAGAGUCGGUAUCAUCUUUAGAGACUUUUGAAUCAGCAGCAAAAAAGAUCAAUUAAAAAGGGCAACAGAGAUUUUGCACUGUUUCAAUUUUUUUACUUUAAACAAGUUUUUUUUUUUUAGUAGCGUUGCCUUUUUUCCCCAGACAUCAGCAGAAAAUGAGUCAUAUCACUCAAGCAAUAUUGACAUUUAUUAUUACAUUUGAAUUUCGAGUUGGAAGUACACCAUGCAUAUUUAACUUUUGUGUAUUUUUCUACAGUUCAAUUAUAAAUUGCAGACAUUUUUUAAACUCUUUUGAAUAACUUAACAAUGUGUAUAUCAUACUCCACAAUGACAUAUAGCAAUAUUUCAAUAGUUUUCAAAUAAAUAUUUCACGUUUACUUUUCCAUGCCUGCACAUAUCAUGUCCUGCUGUCCAUCCGGACCAUGGUUGGGACAUCAAUGGACUAUGUGGGAUGUUUUUCUGAUUAUAAUCCCUACUCAAAGUUCAUGUGUCUGUAAAUAUGAAUCUGUUUGGUGCUGUAUUACAUGGUGAAUGACCGCACCUGGGAGGGAUAUUUACCUGUGGUGAUAUUGUAUGUUUGUCUGUAAAGCUGGUUUUCGAUAAUAAAAAAACCUCUUUAUUGUA